AUGAAGCUGCCGGCGAGCCCCGAGAAGGAGAAGUCCCUGCAAGGGAGGAAGAAGGAGGCGACGCCGAGCCCGGGGCUGGAUCAAACCGGGGGAGCUCAGCUGCUCGGGCACACUCCCCCCCUAAUGAAGAGACCGGCAGAGGAAGAAGUCGGGGGGUCUGGUCGGAAGAGGUACCCGAAGGGGGCCGCGCAGCCAACGGAGUCGGUUGUUCCGAGUCAGGUUUUGGCUCUGGCCGGGGACCUGAGUUUGGCCGGUCGGUUGAGCGAAGGAGGGCCGGCUUCUCCGGGCGAGAACGCCGCCCGGUUGCUCCUGGAGGCCAUGACCCGGCUUCCCACUGCGCUGACCGGGAGCGCCUUCACCCAGUUCGUCAGCUUCAUAGGGAGGUUACCGGCCGCCAUUCCCCGGCUAUCCGCUAACCCGGCUCCCCAAGCCAACCUGCAGAUAAUCAGCCUGCUGAGCGACUUUGUCGCCGCGGCCGCCCGCGUCUCGGCCACGCUGGCCGAGAUUCUGCUGAUGGCCAUGUACGAGCUUCUGAAGGACAGAGACAUCACCGGCGCGAUCCCGACCAGUCAUCUGCCUUCCCCGCCUCGCGGAGGGGGCCCAGGCCCAGGAUCCGGGGAGGAAGAUUCGGAGGAGGAAGACAGGGAGCUCAGGUGCCACGUGGCCGGCGCCUCUCUACCCGACGCCGCGCCCCACCGCGGCCGCGACUCCGCCAACGCAGGUCGCGGCUCCGCCCCGCGUCGCGCCAGAGGUCGACUCCCCCUUCUUUCGCAUGGACGAGGACGAAGUCGACUUCGAGCGCACGCCGGAGCGCUUCUGACGGCGGAGGAUGACGUCACAGCCAUGGAGGAGGCGCCCCCGGUUGGUGACCGCCUCCCGGUGCAUCAGCGCCUGGGGACCGUCACGGCUUUCCCCGAACGGAGGCCCAUUUCUGAGCGCCUUUCUGGACAGGUGCAGGAGUCCAGAGUGCCGGUCGCAGACCGCCUCGGGCCCACGAACAGUCGGCCCCGAGUCCAGGAUCGACUUGACUUCUCCAGGGCGCCCUCCCCCAGUGACGACCCCACGGUGACGAUCGGGGAUCGUCGCCUGUCGCUCGCUUCCGAAGAGGAAAACCGCGAGGAGUUGGCGCUCGAGCAGCAGUUUGAGGGGAUCCCCUCACCGACCCCUGGGGUACAGCUGGACGGAACCCCUGAACCAGAUGAUGGAAGCGUUAAAACCAAACGCUCCCGCUUCGACGAGCGCCCCUCUUUUCUGACGGCAGUCGAGGCAGAGCUGCGCUACAUCUCGGCGCAGCGACUUUUGCAGAAACAUCGCCUGGCGGAGAAGACGUGGAGCGCCUACUGCGACGACCCCAACAACAUGUGCCCGGGUCGAGCUGAGGACUUGGACUGCCUCGAGGGCAUCCGUUUUCAGAUAGCGGAGGCUGAGGCGGAGUGUGAACGGGCGAAGUGGGAAGCUGACUUCGCGAAGGUGCGCGAGCAGGCGCAGGCUAAAGCAGCCGCGGCCGCCGCCUCUGUUUCGACGAUCAGUCUGGGGUCGGGGUUUGAGCAGGGGAAGAAGAAGCGCCCCGCCAAUAGACGCGGGGGCAAGGGGAGGAAGCCGGCCAAGCCGCCCUCUUUCGCGAGACCUGGCGCGGCUGGUAAGGGCGGCUCGAAGACGGCUCCGUUGAAGAGGUCGUCCACGAGCACGUCUGUCGUCACCACAGCCGAGAUCUCCGCGUCGAUCAAGACUGUCUCCCGCACCACGCGCUGGGACAAGUGA